AUGAUCAUAAUUGGGAUGAUCAUGUUAAUUUUGUGCUUUUUCAUUUGGCUACUCUUUUCAUGGUCCUUCAAAUCAAGUGCUUGGGAAAAGGACAGUUAUAUUAUCAUGCUAUUUCAUUUGCUGAUGAUUAUAAAUACCAUCAUUUUGCUAUUUUUUAUAAUUGUUGGCUUAACCGAAUUGAGCAAAUACGCAGAGGUCAUAUCUUACGUCCUUUUUGGCAUUAUGGUGGGAAUAUGGGGCUUAUGGAACAUAGCAACAAGUCUAACUUUAAAUGAUAACCUCACUUCGAAAGUGAUACCUUCCUUAUCUUCUGCCGUUGAAACGAUAUAUGCCCUGACCUACAUUUAUGGCUUGCUUCCGCUUGUCAUUAUGGAUGUAUUUUUCCCCUCCAGGACGAAAUACAACUGGUUCAUGCACCUGCUAUUUAUCGUUCUAAAUUCCACUAGCAUAAUAUUGGUUGGAGCGAGGAACCCUGAAUUCGUGCCUUCCGUCUUUGUGGUCUUCCGCGUUAUCGCGUACACAACACUGUGCUUGUUUCUGUACAUUGGCUGCUACACGUCGGAGCUGCAAAUACGUUACGUGUUCUACAACUUAUUGAUAACCGGCUACAAACUGGACAAGCUAGAAUCGGCCAUGAACAAGAACAACAGCAGAAAUAAUAAAAAAAUUUCAACCGGUAUUGAAGAUUUGGUUCUGAUGAUAAAGGAGUGCACGAAAGUGAUCCUAGAGUUGGAGAAUGAAACGGAAAUAAAUUUCAAUGUGCAUAGCAAGACCUCGUACUGCACAAAUAUCCUGGAGCAAUGUUUGUCUACUCUGACCAAAACGGAUAACUUGUACAAUGUGGACUAUGACGUUUUCGAUAAGUUCGAGAACAAAAAGUUCAUAGAGGCAUACGUGAGCAAAAGCAAGAGCAACUUCCUCGGGGACCAGGAUGAAGGGGUGGACUUCAAACUGCACAAGUCCUUUUCCACCAACGAUUUUAUAUGCGUCGAUAAAGUAGAUAUAGACAAGAAGGAGAUAAAAAAGUUUCUAAAAGAAAUAGACAUCCCUCAAGUUACCAAUAUGAUUCAACUGAUUGAUAAUAAAUCGCUUUCCGAGUGGGACUUCAACUGUUUGAAUUAUUUUGAGAAUUCCAAGUACCCCUUUUUCGACAUCAAUCUGUCCUUGAUGUUCACCAUCGAGCAUGACAUUCCGAUGAACUCGAUCAUAAACUUUUUGUCAUUCGUGGAGAAGCAGUACAACAACGUGCCCUACCACAACACCAUUCACGCGACCAUGGUGACGCAGAAGUUUUUCUGUUUAAGCAAAAAGUUGGGAAUUUACGACCACAUGGAGUACAAGAUAAAGCUGGUGAUGUUCAUCUCCGGCAUCUGUCAUGACGUGGGCCAUCCCGGCUACAACAACUUAUUCUUCGUGAAUAGUCUCCACCCCUUGAGCAUUAUUUAUAAUGACAUUAGUGUGUUGGAAAAUUACCACGCGUCUAUAACAUUCAAGAUUCUUCAGCUAAACCAGUGCAACAUUUUAAAAUCUUUCUCGGAGAAGGACUUCCGACUGAUACGGUCUUAUAUCAUCGAGCUCAUUUUAAGCACCGACAUGAAGUAUCACUUUGAAAUAAUUUCCAAAUUUCGCAUAAGACGAGAAAAUGGAGAUUUCGAUUACGUAAAGAACAACGACGAUUUGUUGGUGCUAAUAAAAAUGAUUAUAAAAAGCGCAGACAUAUCGCAUGGGUCUGUCAAGUGGAACGAACAUUAUAAGUGGUGCCAACGAGUGUUAUGUGAGUUCUAUUCCCAGGGCGAUGAAGAAUUAAAAAAUAAAAUGCCCCUAUCCCCGUUAUGUGACAGAACCAAGCACAAUGAAGUUUGCCAAUCUCAAAUUACGUUUCUCAAGUUUGUCGUCAUGCCUCUGUUCGAGGAACUGACCUACAUAGAUGACAUCAAAUUUGUGAAGUAA